GAAUGUUGCAAGACAAUGGCGCUUCGCAAUUUGCAAAAUGAUUUCAUUCAACGCUUGGAAGGGCACCGUACCGAAAUUAUGACUCAGAAAAGACCCGCAAAAAGCUAUGAAGACGUGGUUAUUUCUAAUUUUUAGUUGUCUAAUUCGCUAGUCGGCUGAUAAGUCCAACGUUUUGGCAGCAGAAAUUGAGCAGUGUCAGCAGAGUUUUCUGAACAGGUGUUGGGCUGUGCAUUUACAUUUUUACCCAUUGUUUGUAAUUUUAUUUAUUUCUAAAAUUGUAUUAUUGCGGUAAAAUAUUGGCUGCAUGCCUUGAUUAUUCAAUAUAAUUUCAAGGCUUCUUCAUGUCAUCAAAGGAUGAGAUUGAAAUACUUUCAGUGGUGCAGAAAUCCUCUGAAGGGCACACAUGUCCCCGCUGUGGCCUAACACUGGGCACUGUCUCACUGCUUAGUCAUCAUCAGCUGCUGCUCUGUGACCAGAGGACGCCAGCAGAAAGUCGCCAUGGCAGAUGUGUCAUUGAAGUGGCUAAGCGGUGCGGUCUGGACGAGCUGCACGUGUUCUCCCUGGAGCGCGAGGCCGGUCUGGAGCGGCGCCGGCCGGCCGGCGGUCCGCGCGCGCCGCCGCCCGAGCCGCCGGCCGGCGCCACCCUGGAGCAGCGUCUGGAGGCGAUCGGCCGACUCACCCUGGAAGACCUGCCCGACGAGCUGGUGGAGCGUCUGCUGAGCGAGGCAGCCAGCUACGGCGGCGGCGGCGGCGAGCCGGAGCCGGGCCGCAGCCAGCUCUACCAGCUGGACAACUCGGCGCUGUCGUACGAGGUGCUGCGGCUGCCGCAGUACCAGGAGCUGUUCGACCGGCUGCGCCAGGAGGCGGCGGCCGUGUCGCCGGCGCCGCUGGACACGGCCGCCUGUCGACAGGCCGGCAUCGGCCAGCCGCUGCUGCAGUCGCUGCUCCAGCAGGCCGAGCAGCUGCGCGCCGACCACCAGAGCGAGUUCGUCGAACACCACUUCUGCCGGCAGUGUCAGGAGCACGUGGAGCGCGCGCUCGUGCUGAACCACGUGCACGCCGGCCUGGCAAACACGUGCGGCUUUUGCGGCCUUACCGUGGGCUACUCGACUGAGCUGAAGGCCCACCUGAGCAAGCAGCACCACAUGCAGCGGAAGCUGACGUGUCCGCUGUGCCGGACCCGCCACGCCACGCCGCACGCGUACCGGAACCACGUGCUGACGCACAACAUGGACGACGAGCUGCUCCUGCCGGGAGAGAACGACCCGCGCCUCGCCAACGGUAACCGUACGUCCGAGUGGCAGUGUGAACUGUGCCGCGAAAUGCCCAUCGGCGUGUCGGUCAAAUUCCGAGACAUCCGGGAGCACGUUACGAGCGGCUGUCGGAUGCUGCACCUCUCAGAGGCAGAGUUCAACCGGCGCUUCCACCCACCACCGCAGCGGGAGAUGUGAGAGACGGACACAGCCCGGCUGUUCCGGCCCGCUCACGGUAAUCAAUCCACAGCUGGGGUGGGAAUAUCUGUUGUCCUUGUCGAGCAAAGAUAGCGACAUCUGCUGUCCUGGCCUGCCUGUACGGUAACACGAGCUGGGAUGGGAAUAUCCGCUGUUCCGUCCCGAUAAAACGGCGAUAGAUACCCGUUGCCCUGGCCCGCUAGUACGGAUGAGGUUUUCCGCUGUCCCGACCCUCUGAGACGGUGAUAUCAGCCGCUGGCCUGGCCCGUUGUACGGUUUGCGUUAGCCAUCGCCAUCACCAGUAUCAGCUGCUGAAUUCUGAUCUGAGUCCCAGGGAUAUCGGGAGCUUCUCUCAAAACAAAGCAUUUCGCUGUCGGAUACCUGACGAAUGAUAGCUGUUGUUGGGUAGAUUAGAGAGUAUGUUUCAUUGUUAUAUUUGCCGUGAAAAUUCGUCGUGACCACCGGACGUUUUAAGACUUAUGAGGCAAUUUGUUUGGGUGACUCGUACAGUUUCAUGUGCUUGUGCACUUAGCUUUGACUAUAGCAACUUGCAAGUUAUGGAGUGCUUGGACUGCUGCCAAGGGAAGCUCAAACAUUUAUAGGGGAAGUUUCGUUAUUUUUUCUUGUGUUUAUAUGCCGGAACGGCCCUUGCUUCACACUGACUCUGAACACCAUUUACCUUUUUAUCUGAAGAUGCCUACCUACCAUUUCUGCUGUGCUGCACUGUGGUUCGGCUGGUGAAAAGUCACAUUGUGAUCGCCGGACCAAUAUCAUUCGGACGUGUUUUCAAUACACGUCAGUGCUGAAAAA